UAGAAUAGAUAGUCUUUUAAAGAUAAGGUCCUUGGCGCCUCCCUGCUUGCCGGACUUUUUAAAUGGCAGUCGCCGCCGCUAACUGUUGUUUCUUCGCCGCCGCAUUCACCGGCCGUUCCACCACCCACCGCCUAUUCUACACUCUGCGUACACCUAACUACUUAUACAGUGCCUCCUACAAUCAGAAUCCAGUUCCAGUCAGAGGAAAACCUAAGAAAUCACCCAGCAAUUACCCCAUUGAGAAGUUGUCACGGAGAUCAAAAGAUGAGAAAUCCUUUUCAAACUCUGACGGUAGUAGUGGUAGGACUAAAAAUGAACGAUCCCAAUCAACAACGUCUAAAAGAGUUGGUGUAGAGAAGAAAGGAAGCCAGGGAUUUCUGGCUGACUUGGACGAGCAAAAGGUGGAUACAAGUGAUAUUCAGGAUGCUUCUUUCCUUAAUGCUGUCGUGAAGGUUUACUGCACUCACACUGAACCAGACUAUUCCCUUCCUUGGCAAAAACAAAAACAGUACACGAGUACAGGAAGUGCUUUCAUGAUUGGGGAUGGGAAGCUGUUGACAAAUGCCCACUGUGUCGAGUAUAAUACACAGGUCAAAGUAAAAAGAAGAGGGGACGAUACAAAGUAUAUUGCCAAGGUUCUAACGCGAGGUGUAGAAUGUGAUUUAGCUCUUCUUUUUGUUGAAAGCAAGGAAUUCUGGGAAGGCACUGAACCAUUGCAAUUCGGACGCUUACCCAAUUUACAGGAUUCCGUUACUGUUGUGGGCUAUCCUCUUGGAGGAGAAACCAUAUCAGUGUCCAAGGGUGUGGUAUCGAGAAUUGAGGUAACCUCAUACGCCCAUGGAUCUUCUGACUUGCUAGGAAUUCAAAUUGAUGCUGCGAUAAAUCCUGGUAACAGUGGUGGUCCUGCAUUCAAUGACCUAGGAGAAUGCAUUGGGGUGGCCUUUCAGGUAUACAGAUCCGAUGAGGUGGAGAAUAUUGGCUAUGUCAUUCCAACGACAGUUGUCUCUCAUUUUCUUGAAGACUAUGAGAGGAAUGGGAAAUACACGGGUUUUCCUUGUCUCGGUGUGUUAUUGCAAAAAUUGGAGAAUCCAGCUUUGCGUGCGUGCUUAAAUGUGCCAUCUAAUGAGGGAGUGCUUGUACGGAAAGUUGAACCAACUUCCCAUGCCAGUCAUGUGUUAAAGGAGGGGGAUGUCAUCGUGAGCUUCAACAAUGUUCGUGUUGGAUGUGAAGGAACUGUACCGUUUCGACCAUCUGAGCGCAUUGCAUUUCGCUAUCUUAUCAGUCAAAAGUUUACCGGUGAUGUAGCAGAACUUGGCAUUAUUAGGGGAGGACAAUCAAUGCAAGUCCAAGUGACCUUGGAUACCCGAGUGCACUUGGUUCCAUAUCACAUUGAGGGAGAUCAACCUUCAUACUUGAUAAUUGCUGGUUUGGUGUUCACGCCUCUUUCAGAACCCCUGAUAGCGGAAGAAUGUGAAGAUAGCAUCGGGCUGAAAUUGUUGACAAAGGCCCGGUACUCCAUGCCAAGGUUCAGAGGAGAACAGAUUGUGAUCCUAUCACAGGUUCUGGCAAACGAUGAAAACAUUGGAUAUGAAGAUAUGAGCAAUGAGCAGGUUUUGAAGUUAAACGGAACAUGGAUAAAAAAUAUUCACCACCUGACUCAUCUAGUUGAUUCUUGCAAGGACAAAUAUCUGGUGUUCGAGUUUGAAGACAACUUUUUGGUUGUCUUGGAGAGGGAAUCAGUUUUAGCUGCUUCGAAGAGCAUACUAAAAGGCUACGGAAUUCCAUCAGAAAGAUCUGAUGAUCUCUUAGCUCCAUACGUAGAUCCAGUGGGACAGAACGAUGAACGCAAGGUUGGUGAUUCAGCCGUUUCAGAUUCAGAGAUCGGUAACAAUGACCUGCAUUGGGCGUAAGCAUUUUUCUUACCUAUUUUUCGUGUUAUGUUACCAUAUCACUGUUAAAUUUUCAUAAGUUGCUCAUACAUCACAAGAAAAUUUUGUGCAACGGCUUUAGUUUAGUUGUUUAGUGAGUGUGUGUAGUCUGAUGGGGCUGUAGAUAUAGAUUUAGUUAGAGAAGACAUUUUUUACACAUACAUUAAUUAUUCAUCGAUCAUAUAUUUUUAUAUACAUGUUACCAACUA